AUGGCGACGGACAAAACUGGGCGUGUUUCCUUCCUCUCCUGCUGCUUAUUCGGAGACCGUACGGCACGUCAUCAGAACGAGAGCAAAAAGAAGCAGCCACAGCCGUCGUUAUCAUCAGCUUCGUCGGUCCUAAACGUGAAGAAACAAGUGGCGAAGCUGAGAUCAUUCCGAGGCCGGGUUAGGAUUUCGGAUCUUAGCAACCCGGACUCGUUGCCAGCUGGGUCAUGCGGCCUCCACGUCUUCACCCUUGCCGAGCUUCGGUUCAUCACGCGGGGCUUCUCCGGCAGCAACUUCCUCGGCGAAGGCGGUUUCGGCCCGGUCCACAAGGGCUUCGUCGACGACAAGCUCCGGCCAGGCGUCUUGAAGGCCCAGCCGGUUGCCGUCAAGCUCCUCGAUCUCGACGGCCUCCAGGGCCACCGUGAGUGGUUGACCGAGAUUAUAUUUCUGGGUCAGCUGAGUCACCCGCAUCUCGUGAAGCUGAUUGGCUACUGCCGCGAAGAGGAGCAUCGGCUCUUGGUCUACCAGUACAUGCCAUGUGGCAGCCUAGAGAAUCAUCUCUUCACACUUUAUAUUUCGAAAGGUCAUGGGGCGUCGCUUCAGUGGUCAACGAGGAUGAAGAUAGCGCUGGGAGCUGCCAAGGGACUCCAAUUUCUUCACGAUUCCCAGAAGCCGGUGAUCUACCGGGAUUUCAAAGCUUCCAACAUACUCUUGGACUCCGAUUAUACUGCGAAACUAUCCGAUUUUGGGUUGGCGAAAGACGGGCCGGAAGGACCCGAAAGCCAUGUCUCGACCAGAGUCAUGGGCACUCCUGGCUACGCUGCGCCGGAGUACAUCAUGACGGGCCACCUGACGUCGAGGAGUGACGUGUACAGUUUCGGGGUGGUGUUGCUAGAACUGCUAACGGGGAGGAGAUCUGUGGACAAGGCUCGGCCGCAGAGAGAGCAGAACCUGGUGGCGUGGGCUAGGCCCAUAUUGAGCAGUCCGAGGAGAAUGAGCAGGAUCAUGGACCCGAGGCUCGAUGGUCAGUACUCGGAAACUGGGGCGAGGAAGGCGGCGACAUUGGCCUACCGGUGCCUCAGUCUCCGACCCCGUCAUAGGCCCAAGAUGAGCUACGUGGUCAGGACUUUGGAGCCGCUCAAGGACUACAAGGAUUUCGCUAUGGAUACCUUCAUCUACGAGGCCCAAAAUUAG